GCCUCGCCGCACCCGUCGACACCGCUGUCCAGGCGCGCGACGACCAGCCCAUCAUCUGGGCUCCGGCCUUGGGCCACCCGACCGUGCCGAUCACGCCCGCCAUGGGCCACCCCGACGUUGCCAUCAACGCCCCCGCCCUGGGCCACCCCGUCGAGCCCGUCGCGUGGACCCCCGCCCUCGGCGGCGACCUCCACCUCAAGCGCGACGAGCCCACCGCGACGAUGUGGACCCCCGCCAUGGGCCACCCCUCCGAGCCCGUCAUGUGGACGCCGGCGAUGGGCCAUCCCGACGAAGGCUUCUCCUGGACGCCGGCGAUGGGUCACCCCUCCGAGCCUGUCAUGUGGACGCCUGCGAUGGGCGGCGACCUGCACCUCAAGCGUGACGAGCUCGACGAGCCGAGCACGGACGGGACGCAGACCGUGGCGAACCCGUGGGCGACUCGCACCGCUGCCAACGCGAUUCCGACUUGGCUCACUCGUGGACCGUCGGAGGCCAUACCGCCGUGGGCGACUCGUACGGCGGCCAACGCCAUCCCGACGUGGCUCACCCGCGGUCCCCCGGGGGCUGCCCCAAGCUCGAACUAGACGAGCACUCAGUGUUACGAUGUGAGGUGACUUUAUAUCUGCUUGAUUACCCGCACGGCGGCGGGAUAAUCCGGUCACCCUUGGGCUAUGGAUGUGACGGACUACUUAUUAGCAUCAUCGUAGCACUCGAUAAUACAUGUGGCGGCCUG